GACAUCCUACAUUGUAGGAAAAAUAAAAAAGAAUCCGUCAUCAGGGGGUUUGUCUCUGGAUAACCUUACGAAAAUUAUCAAAAUAAGAAAAUAUUAUUUUAUUUUCUAUUAAAUAAACAUCAAAUAUAUCGUAACCAUGGCUGGAACUCUGUUCCGUUCCAUGUUCACGAAUACAUUAUCGCUUUAUACAAACACAACGAAGUUGAGAUCUCUGCACACUGCUACAGUAACUUAUGCCGCUCGUAAGGGUACCAGAGAGAAGGCCCGCGCUAAGAAGGUUAAGGUUGAAGUCACCAAAGUAGGUUUCAUUCCUCACAACCAGAGAGGGAGGGAUAAGGGCGCGACCAAGACAAACGUCAGCAAGCAUGUAGAUGACACAUUCAAGCCGAUGUCUAAAGAUAACGUGUACCCAUUAAAGUACUAUCGAUGGGUAGUUUACACUGCCGAGGAUGCGGUCAGAGCACAUCAGCAAACACAUCACCCUACCAUGUACAAUGUACCUGAUGCAUAUGUGUUCGCACAGAUAGAGUUCAACAUGGCUGCCGCGAAAAAGAAUCGCUUCAUAGACAGUUUCACACGGCUCUCACUCCUUCCCCACCUGUUUCCCCGAGAAGAGGAGCGCUCCAUCAUGGCGUUCUGCAAGGGCUCAGAGCUCAUCAAAGAAGCCAUGGAUGCUGGAGCCAGUAUCGCUGGAGGGUCCGACCUUAUCAAGAAGAUUCAGGAUGGUACAAUCAAGCUAGGAGACUACGACUAUGUGCUAGCCCACCCAAAUGUACUCACAGACUUGGUACCGAUCCGAGGACUUAUGAAGAGAAGGUUCCCCAACGUCCGCGCGGGUACUUUAGACCCCAACCUUAAGGAGCUGGUGAGGAAGUUCUCUGGGGGCGUACAGUUCAGGGUGCUGAAGGAUGAACAUCAGGAGAACUAUGGAUUUGUUCAAGUGCCCAUCGGAAGGUUAAAUAUGGAUCCCAAAGAAGUAGCCGAAAACUUGGAAGCAUUGCUGAAGGACGUGCAGUCAGCGCGUCCGAAACGCGAUGGACUUUUCAUAACUAGAUGUGUGCUGGUCAGUCCGCCAUCUCCGGAGAAGCUCAAAAUAGACCCGUUCGUGUAUGUCGACAAAACAUUAGCUAAAGAGGUACAAGAAGAUAGUGAUGAUGAAGGAGAGCCAGUCGCUCAAGCCGCUACAGCUUAAUUUUAAGAAAUACUGUAGAUUAUAGUGAUAUGUGUAAAAUAAAACAAAAUAAUUAUUUGAAAAA